CCUCUCUCCCGCUUCCUUGCCUUCCCUCCUCCAAGUCCUUCCAGCCCCCGGCAGCUGCUGUAGGAGGCGGUCGCAGCGCAGGCUCUGCCGCAGAAGCAGUGACUGUCCCGAAAGGGGCUGGAGGCAGGACUGCUCCUGGAAGCUGGACCACGCGCGAGCAUCCUCAGGGCUCCCAGGUCCGGAGCUCCUGGAUCGAGCUGCGCUCGCCCACAGCAGCUGGACGCUAGAUCUCUCCGGGGCGGCCCCUCCGGGGUGGCCGCGGCCUCAGCUCAGCCCCUCCCUCUUCGCUUGCUUCUUCUCCUCGCCCUCCUCCUCGCUCCCUCACCACGUAGGAGUUCCCAUUCUCCACCCAAGCCUUUCUGCUUUCCCCCUUUCCUUCCUUUUGGAAAGCAGAGACUCCGAGGGAGGCGACCAGGCUGCGGAGGAGAGGGCCGGCUCACAAAGUGCUGCUUUGACACAUCCUUAGGAUGGAAGUUAAGUGAGAACAGAACAACACAAAACAAAACUACUCCGCGAAGUGUUGCUGCUACGGAGGAGACCAAGGGGAGAGAAAACCCGGUGGGCAGGUCAAUGGUUGUUCCGCAGCGUGUUGGCAAGUUUGUGGAACACUUUCUAGGAAUUAGGUCUUUUUUGUCCCCCCCACCAUCUUCUUGACUUCCGAAGAAAGAAGUUGUGUUUGGAUUGCAAUGGAGUCUAAGGAAACAGGGCUAGACGCACGUGAAUAGUCCCGCCAGCUGGGCUGAAUUUGUGGGAAUUUAGGAAGCCAGCCUGUGGAAGUACAGCAGCUCUGGAGUCCCUUGGGUUCAUUCGGAUGCCACCUAACAUGUCCCGUGUCAGACCUCUUCACCAACAGCUUCCGAUGUGGCCAUUUUGCUCUUCUUGACCUUAAUUAGUCUCUAGGAAAAGUCUAAACUUCGGACCUACCUCUUCUUUUGAUACUUAUUUUUGUACUUCUGCUCUCUGGGAUUGGUUUCUUACACAAUCUGGAUCCUUUUUCAUAUGUCAAAAUGAAUCCUCUGAUGUUUACACUACUAUUGCUCUCUGGAUUUCUCUGCAUUCGGAUUGAUGGAUCUCGUCUUCGUCAAGAAGACUUCCCCCCCAGGAUCGUAGAACACCCUUCUGACGUCAUCGUCUCCAAGGGAGAGCCCACCACUCUGAACUGUAAAGCAGAAGGCCGGCCCACUCCCACCAUUGAAUGGUACAAGGAUGGUGAGAGGGUGGAGACGGACAAGGAUGAUCCCAGGUCGCACAGGAUGCUUCUGCCCAGCGGAUCCUUAUUCUUUUUGCGAAUUGUUCACGGACGCAGAAGUAAACCGGAUGAAGGGAGUUACGUUUGUGUUGCACGGAACUAUCUUGGUGAAGCAGUAAGUCGGAACGCGUCUCUGGAAGUGGCAUUGUUGAGAGAUGACUUCCGGCAAAAUCCCACAGAUGUGGUAGUCGCAGCUGGAGAGCCGGCCAUCUUGGAGUGCCAGCCACCACGGGGACACCCAGAACCAACCAUCUACUGGAAAAAGGACAAAGUCCGAAUUGAUGACAAGGAAGAGAGAAUAAGUAUCCGUGGUGGGAAGCUGAUGAUCUCCAACACUAGGAAAAGCGAUGCUGGCAUGUAUACCUGUGUAGGAACCAAUAUGGUGGGAGAAAGAGACAGCGACCCUGCAGAGCUCACUGUCUUUGAACGACCCACGUUUCUCAGGAGGCCAAUUAACCAGGUGGUGCUAGAGGAAGAGGCUGUAGAAUUCCGUUGUCAGGUCCAAGGAGAUCCCCAGCCAACAGUAAGGUGGAGAAAAGAUGACGCAGAUUUGCCAAGAGGAAGGUACGAUAUCAAAGACGACUAUACCCUGAGAAUUAAAAAGGCCUUGAGUACAGAUGAAGGUACCUAUGUGUGUAUUGCUGAGAAUCGGGUAGGAAAAGUGGAAGCCUCUGCCACCCUCACUGUACGAGUUCGCCCUGUUGCUCCUCCACAGUUUGUUGUUAGGCCAAGAGAUCAGAUCGUUGCUCAGGGCCGGACAGUGACAUUCCCCUGUGAAACUAAAGGGAACCCACAGCCAGCUGUUUUUUGGCAGAAAGAAGGCAGCCAGAACCUACUUUUUCCGAAUCAACCUCAGCAGCCCAACAGCCGGUGUUCAGUGUCCCCCACGGGGGACCUCACCAUCACCAACAUUCAACGUUCAGACGCAGGUUACUACAUCUGCCAGGCGCUAACAGUGGCAGGAAGCAUUUUAGCUAAAGCACAGCUAGAAGUUACUGACGUUUUGACAGAUAGACCUCCACCCAUCAUCUUGCAAGGACCCAUAAACCAAACACUUGCGGUCGACGGUACAGCAUUGCUAAAAUGUAAAGCCACUGGAGAACCUCUGCCUGUAAUUAGCUGGCUAAAGGAGGGCUUUACUUUUCUGGGGAGAGAUCCAAGAGCCACAAUCCAAGACCAAGGAACACUGCAGAUUAAGAAUUUACGGAUUUCUGAUACUGGCACUUAUACUUGUGUGGCUACUAGUUCCAGUGGGGAGACUUCCUGGAGUGCAGUGCUGGAUGUAACAGAAUCUGGAGCAACAAUCAGUAAAAAUUAUGAUAUAAAUGACCUCCCAGGGCCACCAUCCAAACCUCAGGUCACUGAUGUUUCUAAGAACAGUGUCACCUUAUCCUGGCAACCAGGUACACCUGGAGUUCUUCCAGCAAGCGCAUACAUCAUUGAGGCUUUCAGCCAAUCGGUGAGCAAUAGUUGGCAGACAGUGGCAAACCAUAUUAAGACAACUCUCUACACAGUAAGAGGGCUGAGGCCCAACACAAUCUACUUGUUCAUGGUCAGAGCAAUCAACCCCCAAGGUCUCAGUGAUCCAAGCCCUAUGUCUGAUCCUGUACGCACACAAGAUAUCAGCCCACCAGCACAAGGAGUGGACCACAGACAGGUACAGAAGGAAUUAGGAGAUGUCAUUGUCCGUCUCCACAAUCCAGUUGUCCUGACACCUACAACUGUUCAAGUCACAUGGACGGUGGACCGACAACCGCAGUUUAUUCAGGGCUACAGAGUGAUGUACCGGCAGACUUCUGGUCUACAAGCCUCAACUGUGUGGCAGAAUCUAGACGCCAAGGUCCCGACUGAGAGGAGUGCUGUCCUUGUGAAUCUGAAAAAGGGGGUGACUUACGAAAUUAAAGUCAGGCCGUAUUUUAAUGAGUUCCAAGGAAUGGACAGUGAGUCAAAAACAGUCCGAACUACUGAGGAAGCCCCAAGUGCCCCUCCCCAGUCUGUCACUGUGCUGACAGUUGGAAGUCACAACAGCACAAGCAUUAGUGUUUCCUGGGAUCCUCCUCCAGCAGACCACCAGAAUGGAAUUAUUCAGGAAUAUAAGAUCUGGUGUCUGGGAAAUGAAACUCGAUUCCAUAUCAAUAAAACUGUGGAUGCAGCCAUUCGCUCUGUAGUGAUAGGUGGCUUGUUCCCUGGAAUUCAGUACCGGGUAGAAGUGGCAGCUAGCACAAGUGCGGGGGUUGGAGUAAAGAGUGAGCCACAGCCCAUAAUAAUUGGGGGACGUAACGAAGUUGUCAUUACUGAAAACAAUAACAGCAUAACUGAGCAAAUCACUGAUGUCGUGAAGCAACCGGCAUUUAUAGCUGGAAUUGGUGGUGCCUGCUGGGUAAUUUUGAUGGGUUUUAGCAUCUGGUUGUACUGGAGAAGAAAGAAGAGAAAGGGGCUCAGCAAUUAUGCUGUAACAUUUCAAAGAGGAGAUGCAGGACUAAUGAGCAACGGGAGCCGUCCAGGUCUUCUAAAUGCUGGUGAUCCCAAUUAUCCAUGGCUUGCUGAUUCGUGGCCAGCCACGAGUUUGCCAGUGAACAAUAGCAAUAGUGGGCCAAAUGAAAUUGGAAAUUUUGGGCGUGGAGAUGUGCUGCCUCCGGUUCCAGGCCAAGGGGACAAAACAGCAACCAUGCUCUCGGAUGGAGCCAUUUAUAGCAGCAUUGACUUCACUACCAAAACCACUUACAACAGUUCCAGCCAAAUAACACAGGCCACCCCAUAUGCCACUACCCAGAUCCUGCAUUCUAACAGCAUCCACGAACUGGCAGUUGAUCUUCCUGAUCCACAGUGGAAGAGUUCAGUUCAACAAAAAACAGAACUCAUGGGAUUUGGUUAUUCCCUACCUGAUCAGAACAAGGGGAACAAUGGUGGGAAAGGUGGAAAAAAGAAGAAAACCAAAAAUUCUUCAAAAGCGCAGAAAAACAACGGAUCCACUUGGGCUAAUGUCCCUCUACCUCCUCCUCCUGUCCAGCCCCUUCCUGGUACAGAGCUGGGCCACUAUGCUGCGGAACAAGAAAAUGGCUAUGACAGUGAUAGCUGGUGUCCGCCAUUACCGGUGCAAACAUACUUGCAUCAGGGUAUGGAAGAUGAGCUGGAAGAAGACGAAGAUCGGGUCCCAACCCCUCCUGUUCGCGGUGUGGCCUCUUCACCUGCUAUCUCCUUUGGACAGCAGUCCACUGCCACUCUUACUCCAUCCCCACGGGAAGAGAUGCAACCCAUGCUGCAAGCUCACUUGGAUGAGUUAACAAGGGCCUAUCAAUUUGAUAUAGCAAAACAAACAUGGCACAUUCAAAGCAAUACUCCACCUCCACAGCCCCCAGUUCCACCAUUAGGUUACGUGUCCGGAGCUUUGAUUUCUGAUUUGGAAACAGAUGUUCCAGAUGAGGAUGCUGAUGAUGAAGAGGAACCGUUAGAAAUUCCCAGGCCCCUCAGAGCACUAGACCAGACACCUGGGUCCAGUAUGGACAAUCUAGACAGCUCUGUCACAGGUUCAAUGGUAAAUGGAUGGGGCUCUGCAUCUGAUGAGGAGCGUAACUUUUCUAGUCAUAGAUCUAGUGUAGGUAGCUCCUCAGAUGGCUCCAUCUUUGCCAGCGGCAGCUUUGCACAAGCAUUGGUGGCAGCAGCAGAUAAAGCUGGUUUUAGGCUGGAUGGAACCAGUCUUACGAGAACAGGAAAAGCCUUUACCUCCUCUCAAAGGCAGCGACCCACCAGCCCGUUUUCUACAGACAGUAACACCAGUGCUGCCCAGAAUCAAAGCCAGAGGCCUCGGCCCACAAAAAAACACAAGGGAGGGCGAAUGGACCCACAGCCAGUGUUACCUCAUCGGAGGGAAGGGAUGCCAGAUGAUCUUCCCCCACCACCAGAUCCCCCACCAGGUCAGGGUUUAAGGCAGCAGAUAGGCCUGAGCCAACACUCUGGUAACGUGGAAAACUCAUCAGAGAGAAAAGGAAGCUCUCUAGAGAGACAACAAGCAGCCAACCUAGAAGACACAAAGAGCUCAUUGGAUUGUCCAGCUAUAACUGCUCUAGAGUGGCAGCGUCAAACCCAGGACUGGAUAAACUCUACAGAACGCCAAGAAGAAACAAGGAAAGGCCCACACAAACAAGAGCUUGGAUCAGAGGAGUCCCUGGUGCCGUAUAGCAAGCCCAGCUUCCCAUCUCCAGGUGGACACAGCUCAUCCGGAACAUCUUCCUCUAAAGGGUCCACCGGCCCUCGGAAGGCCGACGUGCUGAGGGGCAGCCACCAGAGGAAUGCCAAUGACCUGCUCGACAUUGGAUAUGUGGGCUCAAAUAGUCAAGGACAGUUUACAGAGUAACUGAGAGGGAACAUACAAAGAUGCUCUGAAGACCGUCAGGUCCAAACUCAUGGAAGUGAUAACAUUUAACAGUGCAAUGAACAAUUUCUUUAUUUAUGUACUAUUAAAAAAAACUGUAAAUGCAAUGUAAAGACACACAGCCACACAUAUCCCACAGUUAUUUUCUUGUGUCCUUCUCUUACUUACACCACCCACCUUAACUCUUUCUUGUCAGGAGUCUAUAAGAAAAAGAAAGAAAGCAAAACUCGCCCUCCAGGAAGAAAAGGAUUUUCCUCUGUAUAUAAUUUCUUUUGUGCAUUGCUAUGCAAGCUCACUCUUUUUAAACUCUGUUCAUAUUAUUGUCUGUUCUGAUUGGUCUGUUGUACUAUAUGUGAAUUAAUGGGCUGUGGUGCCAUAUAUUAACUUUUAAUUGUGUAACGUUUUAUGUUUAAAUUUUGCACUGCGAUUUUAUUUGGUGAUAAGCACAAAUCUCUACUCCUCAUGACAUGAAGAAAAGAUUGAAUGUGAAGGGAGUUUUCUGUACUGUAAGUUAGGUUGGAGAAUGCUGGUGUAACCAAUCCUGUUAGAUGGUUUUCAGUUGGGGGUGUAGAAGUAGGAAGAUGCGAAGGAAUGAUGGUGUUGGCAAAGUCUUCUUUAAACAUCAGAUACUGAGUCAAUUUUAAGAAGCAGAAAGAUGGAUGCUAUUGACUAAGGCAGGGGUCAAAAGAAGGGGGUUUAAGUCUAGACAGAAUAUGUAAUAAAGUAUGGUGGUAGCAAAGAUGUACUAACUUGCUUUAAAAAUAUUAUUAAAGUUUUAUUUAGAAUGAACUUUACUUGCCAUUGUAAUUAACCCAUCUUAGAAUUACAAUGAGCAAAAAUAAAAAUCAAGGUGUUUCAAGAGAUCUGUAUUUAUAUUACAGCUUUUAAAAAAUAGCAGUUUUGAAUUACCAUAAUUAAUCUUUCCAACUCAUUAAGUCAGACUAUUAAAUGGAGUUCCCCAAGGAAACAAUGAAAAUGAACUCUAGAAAUUCUAGCAAAUAGUUAAAGAAGCAACUUAUUCUUAGGGCAUACUCGGGUACUCUUGAAUAUGAGCUCAAUUGCAAUAUCUUGUUCAUCUUUCUAAUACAUGUACAGUACAUAUUAGAGGAAGUAGACACAUUAUUUCAGUUCAUUUCAUUUUUAAAAAAGCAAACUAAUGCAUUUUACAUACAAUUUUGUGUUUCGAUGCCACCAGGUGUAUAACCAAGUUAUAAGUGCUUAAAGGCAGUGCUCACAGUAUGUUCAGUUUCCAGUUAGUAGAUUUAUUGGACUCAAUAUUUUCUGGUACAUUCUCAGAAAUUGGCUGCCAACUAAAUCUGUUUGACCCAUUUUGAGUGAGUAAAUCGGAAAGAACAGUCAAAAGGGAGAAAAAUGCAUGUUUAUACACUUUUUAAAUAAAACCAAAUCUUGUAAGUGGACAUUAA